AUGUAUUCACAUUCAAUACUCUACUCAAAGGACUCUUUCAAGAACAUAGGGUUCCCCAGGCAUAAGAAUUGUUCAAAAAGAUAAUAUAUGAAAAGCUUUGUGAGCCCGAUGAAGUUACAUUUGGGAUUGUGAUACAUGGACUUUGUGAAGAGGGAAACACUCGAACAGCCAUUGACUUGCUCAGAGCAUUGGAAAAACAAGGAAGAUUUUGUAAACCUAAUACAGUUAUGUACAACGCUAUCAUUGACACCUUGUGCAAGGAUAAAAUGGUCGAUGAAGCUCUUGCCCUCUUCCAGGAGAUGAUUGAAAGAGCAUACCCCCAGAUGUUGUCACUUACAGUUCUUUGAUUCAGGGUUUGUGCAAUUUAAGCAAAUGGAAGGAGGUUAAAGAGCUUUUCUCUGAGAUGAAGGAUUAUAAAAUUGUUCCAGAUGUUUUUACUUUUAGUAUAGUGGUGGAUGCUCUGUGCAAGGAAGGAUAUGCAGAAGAUGCUGAAGAGGUGGUGCAUAUCAUGAUUCAGCAGGGUCAGAAUCCCGACCUCGUCACAUACAAUUCCUUAAUGGAUGGGUACUGUUUACAGCACCGAAUAGAUGAAGCAAGGAGAGUUUUUGAUAUGAUGGUUGUUGGCAGCCUUACUCCGAAUCUCCAUAGCUAUACUAUUCUAAUAAAUGCCUAUUUCAAGAACAAGAAAGUGGAAGCAGCCAUGAAUCUCUUCCAUGAGAUUCGACAUAAAGGUUUAACUCCUAAUAUUGUUGUUUAUAGCACUGUCCUGCAAGGGUUAUUUAGUGCAGGAAGGUAUCUUAUUGCACAAAAAAUUUUCGAUGAGAUGCAAGCUGCUGGCAUGAAGCCUGAUUUUUACACUUACUGUGUGGUGUUGGAUGGAUUGUGCAAGACUGGACAUGUCGAUGAAGCAUUACAAUUAUUCCACGCAAUGGAAGCUGACGGAAUAGAUAUUUGUAUAAAAAUGUACAAUAUUAUCCUUGAUGGGUUGUGCAAAAGCAGUAGGCUCGUUAGUGCUCGAGGUCUUUUCAAUAAGCUCUCCCUCAAAGGAUUGGACCCUGAUGUCAAAACAUACACCAUAAUGAUUGCUGGCCUGCUUUCAGAAGGUUUCAUCUCUGAAGCUAAAGAGCUUUUUGAGAAAAUGGAAGAGAGUGGUUGCCAGGCAGAUAGUGUUAUGUACAAUGUAAUUCUGCAGGAACUCCUUAAAGGGGGCCAUUAUGAUGACGCAAUAGUCUAUCAUGAAGAAAUGGUUCGUAAAGGUUUCUUGAUGGAUUCAACUACUUUUUCCAUUUUGCUUGAUUCAUCUGCUGGAAAACAGAACAAUCCUUCUCUACUUAUGUCGAUGCUGAAGAUUGAUCCAGACAGCAUGAAGUUCAGGGAUGCGGGAUAUAGAGGACCUUCACAUUAGUUGCAACUUUUUGAUCCUGCUAAUGUUUGGCCCCUAAACUUUAAUUUGCUGGAACUAACAUUAUUUGAGUUCACUUUUGAACUGGGCUUUGGAGGAGCUAUGUUGGUCAUAUUUUGUGGAAUCUCUCAAAGAUCUUGAGUCCUGGUGAAGAAGCCAAAGUCCCUCGGAAAGUCCAAUUGAUAAGUGUUGCAGUUUACAGAAAUCUGCUGCUGUUAAUUGGAUUGCUAACACUUCUUCUGAGAGACUUCUUGUUUAUCCUUUCAUGGAGAACCUCUAUGUGGCAUAUCACUUUAGAGGUAACUUGUGCAGGCCAUUUUCUUCUUUUUCAAUGGGUUUUGGUACUUUGGCUUGAAUGUAAUGUUUGAAUUUAUUGGAAACAUGAAAUGAAACUACAUCUGAAAAUAUAGUUUGUGAUUUUGAAAUUACAGAAAAGUUUCAGACUUUUAUAAUUUGGAGGAUUUUCUUUUAAAUAGGAUAAAAUUGUUACUUUCAUUUCAAUUUCUAAAUGGAACCAAGCAGCCAAUUUACAAGUGUAAAAACUUUUUAGACCAUUGUCUCACGUUCGAUUUGAACUUUGAAGCCCCAUGGAUAGUUGUGGUUACAUAUGAAUGCUUGUUAUAACUACUUAUAUUUGUUUAAUCAGUUUUCAGUCAAUCUUUAGCUUGGAGGGAGUAAAAAGAGGGUGAGUAAUUAAUACUCAAGGUUGCUAUUCUUCUGUGUAUACCAUAUCAUAUCUGCAUUUUAUUGCACUAAGAUUUUUUUUUGCCUUUAGCUUAUGAUUUGUAAGUAAUUUCUGAACACUGGAACCAACACUAGUGGAGUGAUGAGUCAUACAACUACAGAGUACAUGUAACAGAGCCUGUCCAGUGUUGUUUCACUGAAGCUAAGAGGCCAAGGUGGAGUAGACAAUUAAGUGGCCUCUGCAUAUAUGACGGGUGAAGCAGAGCUCGCUAUUCUCUGCUGGAGGGGCGCCAAUACCCCUCUGGAAAAGCAUGAGCUAUUUAGACCAAAGAGCAUGAGCUUUUGGCUUUUAUAUUUUGCAAAGCUGUUUUGGAAGUUAUUUGAUACGAACCCGCUCGAAGGUUUCAUAGCAUUUGAACAAAGCAAAUGAAAGGCAGGGCUAAUCUGUUGUGGAGCAGGGGAUGCGACUGUCUUAUGCUGUAUGAUACAAUGUUGGUUGUGUACAAACUAUCUUCUGAAGAAAAGGACGUGAUAUUUCUGAGAGCAAAUGGUGAUAUACUAAUGGUCAUCCACAUUGGGUUACAGGCCUUGCAGUCAGGAUAAAGGUUCAACGAUCCCGCAAAGUGACCGAAAUUAGCAUUAUACAGUAUCCCGCUUUUUUGGCUCUGAUCCUCUUAAUAGCCUUCAUUUAAGCCUUCAUUUAAACUAUAGUAUGUUAGUUGAGUAUAAGAUCUUAAAGUUAAAAGGGAUAAAAGGAAUCAAUGAUUUUAUCGACACGUUAUUCUCAAGUAAUUUUGCUUGCCAAGUUUUUGAUGUCUUCAUUAGGAAACGAACUUCCAUGCUCCAAUUGUUACUUCUUGGACUUCUUUUAUGUUUUAUGACCAAUUUUGCUGUGCAAUAUCUUUGAUCUUGAACUGUUGAUCAGUAACUUGUACCGAUACGGGAAAUUAACCAAUGUUCAUGAGAACAGCA